CGCGGCGGCGCAAUCUCGAAGAUUUCUUUAAAGGCGUGAUUUUUCUUGAAGCCGUCUGAAGACUCUGAACUCCACGACGAACCUAGCUUUGUGAUUUCAAUCUCGUUCCUCUAUCUAGGGCUUUCCUCUUAAUCUUUUAUUGAACCUUUAUCUGUUAAUUUUUCUCUGAUGGCGAGUUCGCAGAGAGGUGCGCUGUUUGGCGCUGCUCCUUACAGAUCGAGAGAAGGUCUUAACACAAGACCCGUGUCAAAUUCAAAUGAAGUGCAAGUGCAGAUCGAUCCUAUGCACGCGGACUUGGACGAAGAGAUCGUUGGUCUCCAUAGAAAGGUUAAACAAUUGAGAAAUGUAGCUCAAGAGAUUGAGUCAGAAGCAAAAUAUCAGAAUGACUUUAUUGCUCAGUUGCAAAUGACAUUAAUAAAAGCUCAAGCAGGGGUAAAGAAUAACGUGAGGAGGUUGAACAUGAGCAUUAUCCAGCAGGGCUCAAACAAUGUCUUACAUGUGGUUUUGUUUUCUCUACUUCUUUUCUUCAUAUUGUACCUGUUGUCGAAAUUUUUCAGAAGAUGAGAACCAGCUGACUAGUCAGCGAUGGCUAUGUAGGACAGAGAAUGUACAGAUUUAAGUGAAAUGAUUUCAGAAACUAAAAGCUGUUCUAGUACAUGUUCUGUUGUAAAGCCUUCUAACUUUUCCAGCUUUGAUGCUGAUCUUUGGAUGGAUUGCUCGUUA